CUUACUUAUUUUAACCUAUAAGCUAUAACCCAACACAGUGCUCCAGUACCACACUCAACUUUCUUGAUCCGAUCCUCCUAGUUAUAAUGAUCUAGUCCCCUCCAUCCUCAAUCCUCAUCUCAAUCUCUCUCACUCUACCUAAUUUGUUCCCAGUUUGAACCAAGUCGAUCUCUGAGAGAACUAUACAGAUCGCCGAUAGAGCUAGCUUCUUCUGCAACAUGGGCGAUUCUUCAUCUGCUUCAUACAUCCACAUGGUGCACCACUUGAUCGAGGAGUGCAUCAUCUUCAACAUGACCAGAGAAGAGUGCAUGGAAGCCCUCUCCAAGCAUGCCAAAAUAAAACCCAUUAUUACCUCCACAGUCUGGAAGGAGCUGGAGAAGGAGAACAAGGAGUUCUUCGAGGCCUACACAAACAGUAGAGAAGCUGCGAGAGAAUCCAAAACGGAGAGAAAGCAAAGAAUCCAGAAGAUGCUCUCGGGUCAUCUUUCAAAAACAGACACAGACGAAAGCAGCUGCACUACAACCGAAUCCGACGACUAGUAAUUUGCAUGUAUUCGAUAUUUGAUCUAGACAAACUAUCGGUAUCAAGGGUCAUCUGACCUUUUCAGCUUUGCUAGCAAGAUCGAGAACCGCUAGAUAUUAUGUGUAACAUCAGCAUAAAGGUAGUAAACUAGAUCUGUAGCUUGGCUUUGGAAGUAAGGGAAUGCAAAACGUCCACAAUAGGACGGCACAUACGACGUCGUAGUAGUUAUCAGUCAGUCUAGCUUUUGUUGUUUUGGCUGUCAUAUAUUCUGGUGGUGGUGAUGAGUAGUGUAGUUGGGAAAUGUGAUUCUGUGGCUAGGGUACCACACGUGGCGUUAACGUGGCAAAGCCCCUGUGCCUGAAUUGGCUUCCAUUGUGUGUACGUGUCUCUGACGCAGAUGUAUGUGAUGGCAUCGAAUUAAUCAUCCAUUAUUUUCUGUAAAUACAUAAUUUGCAGCUAGCUUUUGUAGUUUUUCUCUUC